UGUUCGAAAGCUUUUAAAUUUUUGCUUAGCUUUAUUGAAUAUUUUAUUCAGAAAUAACGUUUUUCACAAUUGUUUCUUGUCCUCAGAAACUUGUAACAUAAACCGUAUGUUGAAGUUCACUGUCGAACUCCUAUUUUUCGAUUUUCAUCAAUUUUUGCGUUAUUUUAAAUAAAUCUUUUUGGAUUCACCAAACCUUUUUGUAAUUUUCGGUUACGACGAUGUGUGGCGCUAGUGAUAGUAAUUCUAAAUGAAAAAAAUAAAGCACAUAUUGUAGUUGCGGCAGACAUUGCAGAAACCAUUCUCUGGUGUGGUUGUCUCGUUGGAUGUUUGUCGAGAGAUGUGUGUGUUUAGGCCUUACAACUUCCAUUGUUAACGUGUUAGUGUGUUUUUUCACGGAAUUAAUUUGUGUCCGAUUUCUCCACGUGCCUGGUUGUGUUAAAGAAACUAGAUAAAUCGCAUCCAUAUAGGGUUAAUCUUGCGCGAGCUUCAGCUUGUGUUACCCCAUGAGGACACUGUGGAUAUCGACAUGGACACUCGCCAUGUUCAUCGUUCGUUUCACCUUAGCCUUAGUUCCCGUGAAAAUUCGACCUUUCAUCAUCCCCAAGUUGGUAGAAGAGGGAGAGAAAGUCCAGAUGAUCUGUGGAUUGGAGAAAGGAAAUGGCAAUGUUGAGUUUCAAUGGUUAAAAGACGAGAUACCGAUAGUUUCCGAAACUCGCUGGACCAUUGUUACACAUUCAGAGUUUUCUGUGUUAAUGAUCGAUAAUGUCAAAGUUACAAAUUCUGGAAAUUACACUUGUGUUGGAAGAAAUGCAGCUGGAAAAGACAGUCAUACAGCAGUGUUAUCAGUACAAGGACCUCCAACGUGGAAAGAAACACCUACCGAUAUGGAGGUUGCAAUUGGUGAAUCGGUUGUGAUUCAAUGUUCCGCUCACGCUUUCCCAACGCCCUCUGUUGUUUGGACUAAGAACUUUAAGCUUCCAUCCGAUACAGCCAAAGAAGAUAUCCAAAGUUUUGUCGAUAGUCACGGAACUUUACGUUUAGACGAUAUUCAACGAGAAGAUGGAGGCUACUACACAUGCGUAAUAGAGAAUGGCAUUGGAAGCCCCCUGCAAAAGACGAUAGAAAUCAAAAUUAAGGGUAAAUCAGUGUAAGAAUCUCGUUGGGCGAGAUCUUUAAAAUAACACCAAAAAUCAUAUUGUUACUUACUUCGCUUUGCUUAAGAAAAAUCUUUGUUUCUUCGCGGAUUUCUUUGUUUCAUUGUGAUGCUUCUUCUUUGUAAAUAUGUUUAUCACGAUAUUGUAAGUUUGUGAUUUGCAAUGAAGAUUGUCGUGCUCUGAAGUUAUCCCGAAAAUGUUUUAUUGUCGAUUAUAGCGGCAUUGGUGACUACAGCGGCACGACUACAAAAUUGACUUGAAAUAAAAGAUAAAAGAGGCUUUUUAAGAUUUUUUUCCUCACCAGAGAAAGUUUUCU